CUGGUCCGUGGGGAGGACGCCUAUGGGCGUCACAAGAGAGGACCAGCGGCGCGGGCGGGUGACGUAGUCUGCGGCCUGAGUGUGAGCCCACGGGGCAGCCCGGGCGCGGGAGCCACGGCUCCUCGGCGGUCGCGGCGGGGCUGGGGACUUUGGAGCAGCGCCGGAGCGGGCCAGGUCUGGAAGGCGCAGAAAUGGAGCAAGAGUCACAAAAUGGAGAACCUGCUGAAAUUAAGAUUAUCAGGGAAGCAUACAAGAAUGCUUUUUUAUUUGUUGAUAAAGGUUUGAAUACAGAUGAAUUAGGUCAGAAGGAAGAAGCAAAGAACUACUAUAAGCAAGGAAUAGGACACCUGCUCAGGGGAAUCAGCAUUAUAUCAACAGACCCGCAACACACAGGCCCUGGAUGGGAAUCUGCUAGACAGAUGCAACGGAAAAUGAAAGAAACACUACAGAAUGUUCGCACCAGGUUAGAAAUUCUAGAGAAAGGUCUUGCCACUUCCCUACGGAAUGAUCUUCAGGAGAUACCCAAGUUAUAUCCAGAAUUUCCACCUAAAGAGAUGUGUGAAAAGUCGCCAGGGCCUCAGUCCUCUAAUUCACCUCCUCAGCAUGCUGAACUAAAUGGAAACACUGCAACUACAAGUUCAGGACCUAUUGCUGCAUCUUCUUCUCUAGCCUUACCAUCUCCAAGCUGCCCAUCAGAAGCUCCUCCUGCUUACACUCCUCAGGCUGUGGAGGGUCACUACACUGUGUCUUAUGGAACAGAUUCUGGUGAAAUGUCAUCAUUUGUAGAAGAUUUCUAUAGGACUCAUUCUCAGCCACCUCCUCUUGAAACCUUAGGGAUGGAUGCAGAUGAAUUGAUUUUGAUACCAAAUGGAGUACAGAUUUUUUUUGUAAAUCCUGCUGGGGAGGUCAGUGCACCUUCGUAUCCUGGGUACCUUCGAAUUGUGAGGUUCUUGGAUAAUUCUCUUGAUACAGUUCUAAACCGGCCUCCUGGGUUUCUUCAGGUUUGUGACUGGUUGUAUCCUCUGGUUCCUGAUAGAUCUCCAGUUCUCAAAUGUUCUGUGGGAGCCUACAUGUUUCCUGAUACAAUGUUACAAGCGGCAGGAUGCUUUGUGGGUGUGGUCUUAUCCUCUGAGCUACCAGAAGAUGAUAGAGAACUCUUUGAGGAUUUGUUAAGACAAAUGUCUGACCUUCGACUCCAGGCCAACUGGAACAGAGCAGAAGGAGAAAAUGAAUUUCAAAUCCCUGGAAGAACAAGAUACCCCUCUGACCAAGUGAAAGAAGCCUCUGGUAGUGAUGUGAGUCAGUUAGACCCUUCAUUAGGCCAAGGCAACAAGGAUGUGCAUCAUAAAAGAAAAUAUAAGAAAAAGUAUGCAAUUUUUAAUUUUCUUUUAAAAGGUGCUUCCUGGGUGAGUUGGGGUUUAGUCAAAGGUGCUGAAUUUACUGGCAAAGCAAUCCAAAAAGGUGCUUCUAAACUCCGAGAACGGAUUCAGCCAGAAGAAAAACCAGUGGAAAUUAGUCCAGCUGUCAGCAAGGGACUUUAUAUGGCCAAGCAGGCUACAGGAGGAGCAGCCAAAGUCAGCCAGUUCCUGGUUGAUGGAGUUUGCACUGUAUCGAAUUAUGUUGGAAAAGAAUUAGCUCCACACGUUAAGAAGCAUGGAAGCAAGUUUGUUCCAGAAUCUCUUAAAAGAGACGAAGACGGAAAGUCUACCCUGGAUGGUGCUAUGGUUGUUGCAGCAAGCAGUGUUCAAGGAUUUUCAACUGUCUGGCAGGGAUUGGAAUGUGCAGCUAAAUGCAUUGUUGACAAUGUUUCAGCGGAAAUUGUACAAACUGUCAGAUACAGAUACGGGCAUAAUGCAGGAGAAGCUACACACCAUGCAGUGGAUUCUGCCAUCAAUGUUGGUGUAACUGCCUAUAAUAUUGACAACAUUGGUAUCAAAGCAGUGGUGAAGAAAACUGCAAAACAAACAGGACAAAAACUCCUUGAGGACUAUCAAAUAACUGAUAAUUCUCAGAAGGAAGGUGAAGAAGGAACAUCAAAUACAAAAAUGAGAAGACAGAAGGAUGAGAAGAAAGAAGCAAAGAAGAAAGAUAAAUGAUGAAAGUGCCGGGAAUUACCUAUACCAAAGCCUUACCAAAUGGAGGAAAUAAGCAAAUAUGGAAUUCUCCACAGAUUAACUAGUAUUUUUUGAAUGUAUUCAUUCCUAUCAAAUGACUGCCGUAAGUUUUCUGGCAUGUAUUCCACUUACAAGGAAAACAAUUAACAUUCUUGCAUCUAGCCUUUAGAAAUAAUAAAGUUAGAUUCUCAGUAAGUUUAUUUUUGCCCUAAAUAUGGCUAAAAUAGUUUUGCAGUUAAAAUAAAGCUUGUAAUACAUGAGCUAUAAAUCUCACCAAACCUAAUGUUAAUAUUUUUCUAUCUGCUAUCUUUCAGAAAGAAAAGUAGGAAAUUAUAUAUUUACAUAAUAUCUGGUAUUUAGUAACCUUAGCUCUAUUUAUACUGGGAAAGAAUGACCUCUAAAUUACUGUAUUUUCUUUUUGCACUAAUUGUGGAUCUCUUUAAGUGCUUGUCAGAAUUUUCAGUGUAUAAGCUAAAUAAAAAUCUAAAAGAAUUCUCAGAUUCCAUUUUCAAACAGGGAAGAGAUUGAUUAUGAAAAAUAAAAAUGAGGCUCUAUAAAACUAUUUGGUAGCUUGCCUGUUUGUUAGGAAAUGAGGUCUUUUUCAUUUAAAAUGAAUAAAAAUACAUCUUUAAGUCUUUUAGAUUGUGACUGGUUUUGAUGUAUUUACAAACAAAUAUUUUGCAGUAUUAAGUAAUUGAAUUUACUGAUGGUAAAUAUAUUUUUAUUUUUUGAUUCAUUCAUUGGAAUUUGUAUUUAAAAGCUAAUAAGUUACAAGGGAAGGUUCUAUUUGUGAUCAAGGUAAAGAGAUGAAAACCUUAGGCUUAACCCAUGGUGGGUAAGCACGAGCAGUUUGUACUUUAGUGGAAGACAGGACACUCUGAUCUUUAAGCUGCAAAUAUGUGAGUAAAGACCUAAUGAUUAUGCUUACUGAUUUUAAAAAGAUUAAUACUGGUAUUUGUAGCUAUCUAUAUAAUCAUUUCUGAACUUUUAUUGGCUAAUUUAUUAGACUUUCUUUGAAACUAGCUAAAGAAUGCACUUUGUGAAUAAAGAAAUUCUCUGACUUG